GAGUGGAGAGAACACAAAGCUCAGAAAGGGCUAGAGCUCCCAAUCCCAUGGCUCCUUCCAUCUUUUUUUUCAUCUUCUUUGUGCAAUUUUCUAUUGCCAUCACUAACUCCUGCUUUGGCCAAUCCUUGCAAAACUUCCCUGCAAUCAUUAUUUUCGGAGACUCAAGUGUUGAUACCGGAAAUAACAAUUACAUCUUAACCACAUUCAAAUGCGAUCAUCCUCCAUAUGGGCAACGCUUUCCGGGGCACAUUCCCACAGGGAGGUUUUCAGAUGGAAAACUUGUCCCGGAUUUUAUGGCAUCUGUACUAGGCCUCAAGGAUAGUGUUCCUCCAUUCCUGCAGCCAUACUUAUCUGAGUAUGAACUUCUGACAGGUGUCAAUUUUGCAUCGGGUGGAUCAGGAUUCGAUGAGUUAACUACUGUUGCUUCUAGAGUAAUCCCAAUGUCCAUGCAACUGGAUUUAUUUUGGAAGUACAUAGAGAGGUUGAACAUAAUAGCAGGAGAGGAAGAGGCUCAAAGAAUAAUCAAUCAGGCUUUGGUCAUCAUAAGUGCUGGAACAAAUGAUUUCAUCUUCAAUUAUUAUGACAUUCCUACAAGAAGGCAGCAGUUUAGCAUCAGUGACUAUCAAGAUUUUCUGCUGUAUAAGCUCCAAAAUUUUAUUGAGGGACUUUAUAACCUUGGGUGCCGUACUAUGCUCGUAUCUGGGCUUCCUCCAAUCGGUUGUCUGCCAAUACAAAUGACUGCUCACUCUCCACUUGUAAGGGAAUGCCUUGAAGAGGAGAAUACAGAUGCUGAAGUUUAUAAUGCGAAGCUUGUAACUUUGCUGCCUGAAAUACAAGGGGCCCUUCCAGGGAGCACAAUGUUGUAUUCAGACGCUUACACUCCUAUGAUGAACUUUAUCAACGAUCCACAAAGAUACGGUUUUGUGGAAACUGGAGAAGGAUGCUGUGGCACUGGAUUACUGGAAGCUGGUCCACUUUGCAUUGCACGCCGUCCAACAUGCACAGAUUCUUCCCAGUACCUCUUCUGGGACAGCAUUCAUCCCAGUGAAUCAGCAUAUCGCUAUAUUACUGAAUUCCUUCUAAAUAAUCUGCAGCUUCAUAGCUUAUCACAUGUUAAUAAUAGUCAUUGA